GCGCCGCACCUACUACGGCGCGGCGCACGCAGACCGGAGUCUCCGAUCGACGACGGCCUUGGCUAUAUAAAAACGCAGCCGGACAGCGCCCUCACUGUAUAUAAUUACUAUUAUAUAUCAUACUAAAUAUCGGCCGCGCGCGAUCGAUCAACGUGCUAGCUUUGCAUUGACCGUCAAUCAUCGCCAUGGACUCGACGACGCCGCUGCUGCAGCCGGCACCGCACGGCGGCGGGGGCAGCCGCGAGCUGGAGGCGAUCCUGGAGGACGCGUCCGUGCCGUGGGCGCGGCGGGCGUUGCGGGGCGCCGGCGUGGAGCUUCCCCUGCUGCUCCGGAUCGCUCUGCCGGCGGUGGCCGUGUACAUGAUCAACUACCUCAUGUCCAUGUCCACGCAGAUCUUCUGCGGCCAGCUCGGCAACCUCGAGCUCGCCGCCGUCUCGCUGGGCAACACCGGCAUCCAGGUCUUUGCCUACGGCCUCAUGCUCGGGAUGGGCAGCGCGGUGGAGACGCUUUGCGGGCAGGCGUACGGCGCGCACAAGCCGGGCAUGCUGGGCGUGUACCUGCAGCGUUCGACGGUGCUCCUGACGGCCACCGGCGUGCCCCUCGCCGUGGCCUACGGCUUCUCGGAGCGCAUCCUCGUCUUCCUCGGCGAGUCGGAGCGCAUCGCCCACGCCGCCGCCGUGUUCGUGUACGGGCUCAUCCCGCAGAUCUUCGCGUACGCGGCCAACUUCCCGAUCCAGAAGUUCCUGCAGGCGCAGAGCAUCGUGGCGCCCAGCGCCUACAUCUCCACGGCGACGCUGGCGCUGCACCUGGCGCUCACCUGGCUCGCCGUCGACCGCCUCGGGAUGGGUCUCCUCGGCGGCGCGCUCGUGCUCAGCCUCAGCUGGUGGAUCAUCGUGCUGGCGCAGUUUGGGUACAUCGUCACCAGCCCCAGGUGCAGGGAGACGUGGACGGGGUUCACCUCGCAGGCGUUCCACAGCCUCGGCAGCUUCUUCAAGCUCUCGGCGGCGUCCGCCGUGAUGCUGUGUCUGGAGACGUGGUACUUCCAGAUCCUCGUGCUCAUCGCCGGCCUGCUCAAGAACCCCGAGCUCUCCCUCGACUCCCUCUCCAUAUGCAUGACCAUCAACGGAUGGGUGUUCAUGAUCUCCGUGGGCUUCAACGCCGCCGCCAGCGUGCGGGUCGGCAACGAGCUCGGCGCGGGCAACCCGAGGGCGGCGGCCUUCUCGGUGGUGGUGGUGACGUCGCUGUCGCUGGCCGUGGCGGUGGUGUGCGCCGUCGUCGUGCUCUGCAUCCGCGACCAGCUCAGCUACUUCUUCACGGGCGGCGAGGCGGUGGCGCGCGCGGUGUCCGACCUCUGCCCGCUGCUCGCCGUCACGCUCGUCCUCAACGGCGUGCAGCCCGUGCUCUCCGGCGUCGCCGUGGGCUGCGGUUGGCAGGCGUUCGUGGCGUACGUCAACGUGGGCUGUUACUACAUCAUCGGUGUGCCGCUUGGUGUCUUCCUCGGCUUCUACCUCGACCUCGGCGCCAAGGGCAUUUGGAGCGGCAUGGUGAUCGGGGGAACCAUGAUGCAGACCCUCAUCUUGCUCUGGGUGACCAGCAGGACCGACUGGAACAAGGAGGUGGAGAAAGCCAGGGCAAGGCUUGACAAGUGGGAUGAUAAGAAGCAGCCUCUCCUAGAAGACUGAAGAGAUUGAUACCUACUCAGAUCCGGUGAUAAAAAUCUGCCAUCAUCAUUUAGAACAAGACUCGAGAAAAGAGCGCACGCUAGCUCAGUGAUUUUUGUUGGAAUCGUGAGAUCAUGAGACGAGAGGAGUAAGAUGUCGCAGCCAAAUAAUUAAAGAGGAGGUUCUUCGUAUUUAUAUAUCAGCAGCUGUUUUGCAUGAUUUUUGGGGUCUGUAAUAUAUGCCUUCGAGAGAAACAUCUUUUGUUCAAUGAUGAACCAAGAGGCAAGGAGAAAUGAUGAAGUACAACGAUUUUUGCUACCACGAAAUAAAAAAAAUUGUGAUACACAUUGACUA